AGAGUAUAUGGAUAAUAUUCAAAUCACGACUGGUAUAGCCUUAACACUGACGUGUUAUGUGAACGGUAAUCCUCAGCCGACGAUCAGGUGGCUUCGAGACGGACGUGACAUUCAUGACAAAAGCGCAGCAUUCAGUGAUUCCAAUCAGAAACUCAUCAUACAGCAUACUACAAAUGCUAACCACAGAUAUGCCUGCUUGGCAAACAAUAAAGCUGGUACUGCUUCACGUGAAUUCACAGUUCAGAUCAUUGCACCUCCCGAAAUAAAUGAAUCAGGUGAUCGUACCGUUAUUGAUGUGAUGGAGGGACAUUCAGUGACACUCGAAUGUCCGGUAUCAGCGCCGUUUGGUGUGGUCGAUAUCGAGUGGAUAAAACACGGACGUCCGAUCACGGUGAGAGACACACAAUUAGUAAUGUUAUUUCUUGUGAGUGCUUGCUGGUUUACUAAUUGUUGUCUUUCGCUAAUAACUUUUGAUUUGAUCUGA